GAGAGUGUAUGUGGGAUCCCGUUUCCUUGGAUUUGGUGUAAACAACCAAAAACAUUGGGUGUAGAGACACUCCUCAGUGUUCCUGCUGUCCCUGGUUCUUCUCUAGGAAGCCUGGAUUUUGGAUUACACAAUUUAGAAGGGAAAGGAUCACAUCUCGGAUCGCAGCUUUGAUUCCAUGCUGGAUAUGUGACGAAACUUUCCAGUUCACCUCAAGACACCAGCAAUAUGCCCAUUGUGAAGUACCCCAGGGCUAGAGAGCCCCUCUAUUAUGAAUGGGACAGGAAGGCCCAGAAAUGUGGGUUAAGACACACAGUUUUUGCUGUAAAUGGGGAUCAGUAUACUGGAGAAUGGCUGAACAACCUGAAACAUGGUAAAGGCACCCAGAUAUGGAAAAGCACUGGAGCUAUUUACAGUGGUGACUGGAAGUUUGGGAAGCAGGAUGGUUAUGGCUCAUACAGCAUUCCUGACCCUGUAACCAAGGAAUACAAGAGGAUGUACACAGGCUGGUGGAAAAACGGCCAGAAAACUGGCCAGGGGGUGUGGUUUUACCCCAACGGGGAGCGCUACGAGGGCGAGUGGAGUGGUGGAGUGCGGGGCGGCUGGGGACGGAUGUACUACCGGGAUGGAUCCAGCUACGAGGGACAGUGGGAGGCGGAUCAGCCCAACGGGCAGGGGAUGCUGCGGCUCGCAAACGGAAAUCGGUACGAAGGAGGUUGGAAAGAUGGAAAGAAGCAUGGCCCUGGGAGAUACUUCUACGUGGAUAAGGGACAGUUGUUAGAAGGCACCUGGGCAGAAGAUAUAGCUAAGUGUGGAAUUCUGGUUGACUUCGACAGAGACAAAGCUCCGGCCCCUACUAAGUAUCCAAUUCCAAAGAUUGAACUAGAUGAUCCAGCUGGUGUUUUAGCAGCGGCCCAGGCACUGCUUGAUGACAGCAAUAAUUAAUAACUGGAUGCUGAAGAAAAAGACGUAAGAUAAGAGCAGUCCUGAGUUAUGUAUUCAUUCCAGUGUCAAAUCCACACUGGUGUAUGUGGUCUGCUUCACUCUUCCCUCAAGGCUGUUCAGGUACACUUCACUCUGCAGGUGGCUUUGCUCAGUAGCCUCCUCCUACCCCCAUUAUUUUGGAAAAGAAAGGAAAAAAAUUGAAGGGAAAAAUAAAAAAGAAAAACCACGAGCAGCAAAAUGCUGGCAGACAGGCAGGGGAACUCAGCUCAGCUCCUCUAACUUACUCCUGCUGUAAAAUCACACUCCUGUUGGUUUCAAGGUCUCUGCCUUAGAGUAUGAGGGAUUUUAGUAUCUGCUAUAAAAACAAGGCCCUAGAAAAGUACAAUCAAAUAACUGUGUCUCCCCCCACUCCCCCCCAAACUUAUCCCAAUACAUACCCGUGACCCAAAAUGGCUUCUGAAGCUCCACCAGACC